AUGUCGGUCGCCGAAGCUGCCUCGGAGUCUCUCAGGCCGAUCCUGCUCCGCUCCAGCACUCCAGGCAACCUCGUCCUUACCUUCUUUUCAGCCCCCAACGAGAAAGUCCUGCUCUACCUCGAGGGUCUGCGCGAAUCUCAGACUUUGGCUUCCCCUAUCUCAAGUGGCUUGCCGCCCCUCACUUCCCCAUUUGCAAAGCACAGUGCCAUCGACGACGAUCUGCAGUCCAACAUCCAGGACGGUCGCAAAACUGAACUCUCCACGGAUCAUCGUUCAGAACUCCAUGAGCCUGGACCCCACGAUCCCCCUGGUCCCCGUUACGAGUCCUUCGACUCGGGUCCCUCCUUUGGCAACUUUGGCCCCUUGCCAGACAACGCCAGCCAUAACGGGGAACCUCCCUGGCAGAAAUCGUGGGAGCAACGCACCCACGGCACUCCUAUGACCGGCGCUAGAGUCCCCCUCCCCACGUCAGUGGCUUCCCCGCUCACUGCUCCCCUUGCCAUCAAUGUAGAACCCCCUUCCAGCACAAGCGGAUCCAAAUCUCAACAUAAAAUUCCUCGUUCCCAAGUCAGCAGUUCAAAGCCACAAAAGUCUGUCAUCUCCGCUGUCGAGAGCGAGUCGCGUGAGACCGUCACCGUCCGAACCAGAGCCCACAGCAAGACGCGCAGCACCGCACCAGAAGAUACCCCAAUGUCUCCUUCCCGUCGUUCCCGCGCUGGCUCCAAAUCGCGCACCGGAACCGAAUACCCUCCCCUUCCUCCCAGCACCUUCCUCAGUCCAUCAGGGCGUACCGCUCACCUUCCCACUUCUCCCCGUUCACAUCGCCGCGCUCCCAGUAUAUCUCCCUCGGAUUCACCCAGUCAGGCACCUUUCAAGGCGCAAGCUCGCCUGGAAAAGGAACGGGAACACGCCCAGUCCACCGCCAGCGCCGCUCCCGAUGCGGAGGCUGCGGCUUCGCGGCGUGGCCCGACCAGUGCAGCGGCAGGCUCACCCGUAUCGCCAUCGCAUCAGAGCCGUCCAUUCUCUCCCUAUCGCUGCGCGCCAACAAAUGACGACCUAUUUGCUGGUGCUGCCCAACUUCAGGCAAUCUCACAGGUAGCUUCGCAGGUGAACGGUGGAGGAAGCAAACUAUCACAUGUAUCGCACAAAUCACACAAGUCACAUCGGUCCCAACACCCCACCAACUCACGUUCACCACGCUCUCACGUCGAGGAGGAGGGCGCAACUACCCCCACACCUUCCCGACCUCAUUCGCCCAACUCUCUUGAUGCAGAAGAGGAACGCCUUGUCGCUCAAACUCUAGCAGCUCGCGGCGCAGGAAAUCGAACCUCCUAUGCCCCGAGUACACUAGAGCCCGAGAUCGUCAACUCCCAUUUCCACGACAUGGAUCUUUGUAUUCUUCUUCACCAAAUGGACGAUCAACAUACCCAUGAAAUAGUGAAGAAAGCUCUUCGGAAAGCAGUUCGACAGAGGGUCAAGAAACUUGGUAUGAAAUACGACAACGAGUCUAUCAGAAAGUACCGCAAAUCAUUCCACGAUCAUGACCCUGACGUCCAUCUCGACGCGGACUAUGAACCUCCCCAUUCACGAGAACCCCCCGAGUGGGCCAAAGAGCUCAUUAAUGGCAUGAUCCGAGUGCAGGAACGGCUCGACGUUUUGAGCCCUCAGUCACUCAGUGCCUCAAUGCCUCCCCGUAGUACGCAUUCAUACGCGGAGUCUUCGGAUUCCCGCCGGCAAGUAGGAGGCGAGGGUACGGAAUACACAGAGGGCGUCGAUCAGUACGGACAGACCCCGCGAACUCAAACUGUGAAUAUCAACACACAGGUCACCGGAACUAUGGCGGAGUCGAUGUAUCGGAAUGGCACGGAACUCAUAGGUACGACCUCUCUUUGGUAUGGCGCCAGUUUGGUUUUCGACACCAAUGUUACAGACGACGAGUAUGGCGACACCGAGGAGGUCACCCAGCGAUUCGCGGCUACCACCCUCACUGAGGCACGGGGCGUCAGUGAGUUCAUGAACGCUGAUCGUGAUGAUUCCCCUGGCCAGCAAUUCCUGGAAGAAGAAUUGUAUAAGCUGCGGGUCAAGCCGGGCGGUAGCCAAUCUGGGGUCACGCACAAAACGUGGGAAGUGGCCAGAGACGAUGUGGACGAAUACGAGGAAGGUCACGGCGCGUUCACCGAGUCAGGUCUUCCUGAAAUUCCAGACGGGGGUAAUUACACUGACCGACGCCCAAUCUCACCACCCUUGCCUCCUCUUCCUCAAGAAGGCAGUCGAGGGGCCAACUCACAAGUCUGGAAUCCGGCAGGGGAUGGUUUCCAAGAUCUUUCACCUCCCCCCUGGCAACGUAUUCACCAACGCCUCCUCACCUGGGCGAUCAUUUGGCCCAUGAGCGAACUCGAUGCAGCGCUUGGCAGUACUACUCGUGGACACCAAGUUGACGAGGUUGCUUUGAGCAUUUGGUCGACGCAAACAUACAAGCGCUACGUGAGAAGUCGCAUGACUGAUGUUCCUGGUGGCAAAGUGGACAGGUUGUUCGUACCUCCCAAUAUAGCUGAUGCCAUCAGUACUGCUGUUUUCAACGGACGGCAUGGAGACGCGUCUGCGAUGCUGAAAGACCUCUGGAUUCCAUUCGGCUUCGACGCCUGCACCCCGCUUAAUCGUUGUCCUGGCCAAGCACCGUUCAGACGCGAAUCAUUGGGUGGUGCACAGGUAUGGUUAUUCUCGCUUCCUGAUGGUGCAUUGACAACAUAUGACUCUUACCCUGAACGGACUCUUCCCGACGGACGGCCGCUGGGUUGGUGGUUCGCUAUUAGACUCGCGUGGGCGGAAGCUAUCUAUGCAAACCCCGAUCACCUGAUGCAAAAGAUGGUUCGGUUACAUCGCCCUAUGCAACUGAACAUCGAUAACUCGGUAGCCGCUGCUGGGAUCUGGCGGAACGUGCUGAUGGGAUCUCGCGCAGAGCGAAGUCUGGACCUGGAACGACUACGCGACCUCAUCAAUACCGAAGUGAGAAACUUGAGACAGCGAAAGUUGCAAGGCAAGUUAUCGAUAAGUUCGCCGAAGGCACAUUACGACGACAUGUGA